AACACAUUCGGUACAGUAGAUUGCCAUAAAGUUGGAAAUAUUUUGUGAAUUUUUUAGAGUUUUCAACAGUUAAACUUUCUGGGACGCAACCCAAGUUCGAAGUUUUCAGUGCUUGCAAAAGAGUGAAGCAGUUAUCCAAAGGAAGUUCCCUCUCCAAGUGUGGAAUUUAUUUGAAUGAAUGAACUAAUCAUUACACGACCCUAAGGAAUAAUCGUCAUCAUAAUAAUGGAAGCUGACAUGGAUGAAAUCAUUGCCGGUUUGAAGAACGCCACCUUGGAGAAAAGUUCCGAGAGGGCACUGCCUCUGCUAAAACAGAUAUCUGAUGCGGAAACCAACCUCUGUGAUAAGUACGACAUCAAAGCCGAUCUACUUGAUUUGCUCUCACUGGACAAUCCGGCCGUUCGUGUUCAGGUGGCACGAUGCAUUGCCGAGGUGGCCAAAACCGAAACUCAGCGGGAUAAGUUUACCAAAGAAGAUAUCAUCCGGAAAUUGAUCUCAUUUCUUUCGAGUGACAGUGAAAACAGUAAGCUGGACCUGAACAUCCAAGUUUGUCGAGCCUUGGGCAAUAUAUGCUACGCAAACGACGACGCUCGUAGUGUCAUCAAAGCUAUAGAGGGAGAUGUGCAGAUUUUCUCCCUGUUAGAUCUGGAUGUGGACACGGACGAGGAAGACAAGGAUCAGUUUGUGAGGGUGAGAUGUGGAUUGAUUUCCAACUAUCUCCUCGGAACUGAUGAUAUUGCGGAACGAGCAGUCGAGCUCGGAGUCAUCGGUAAGAUUGAGAAGAUUCUUGCACGCUGCAUUGCAGAUGUGGAUAAGUACGAGGAUCUGCUGCUAAACACACUACCACCGCUGAGUAUUCUGACUGAGCAGGUCAGUGAUCUGUACUUUGAAUCGACGCUCAACAAGCUGAUUGCAGAGAUAUUGGCCAAAUGUACAAAUCCGGACUUGGCCGAGUCGUGCUUGGCCCUGUUGCACUACGAGGCGCAGAACGAUGACGUAAAGCUGCUGCUGGCAGAGGAAGGUUUGUGCGAGACGAUAUACAAACUGCUGGAGAAGUACAAGACUUUCGCCAAUACCGAUGAGGCGCGGGUACUAAUGAAGCUGGCCUGUGAUUUGAUUGUACUUAUACUGACUGGAGAUAAAUCGAUGCAUUACCUUUACACAACUCCGCUGCUAAAAUAUAUGGAAGAUUGGCUGGAUUCUUACGAUGUGGAACUGUUGACGACCGGUGUACUGGCACUUGGAAACUUCGCUCGUUCAGAUAGCCAUUGCAUUUACAUGGUGGAGAAUAAUAUUAUGCAUAAAUUGCUAUCUAUCUUGGCUAAGAACAACGGAAUCGACCACCAGAUGACUCUGCAGCAUGCACUUCUAAGCACAUUGAAAAACCUAGUCAUACCGAAACCGAACAAGGCUGCCGUCAUCGAAGCCGGUCUGGUGGACAUCAUUUUGCCCAUGCUGGAAAUUCAUCAACCGCCGGUAGUGUUUAAGCUCCUCGGGACGCUUCGAAUGACCGUUGAUGGUCAAGAAAAAAUAGCCCAACAGUUGUUGCAAAAUGAGAAACUCAUCAAACAGUUGGUACACUGGAGCAAGACGUCUGAAUUCACCGGAGUACUCGGCGAAUCGCUCCGGUUGAUGGCGUGGUUGAUCAAGCACGCGUACCAUGCCAACAAGGAUCUCACCGCAGCGGACGAUACCGGAUUGAGACGGUUUGUAGCGGUUGAUGGCGCCGUUGCCAGUAUGGUUGGUAUGCUAAAUUCCACUCAUUUGGUUAUGCAAAACGAAGCACUGAUUGCACUCAGUAUUUUGUCCACAAUCUUGCCAAAUAAAUCCACCGAUGGUGCGAAGCUAGAUGAACUGCUUGUCAACGCAAACGUAGGGGAAAAGCUAGCUGAACAGAUUACCUUGAAUGGCGAAACAAUGACGAAAGAGAUUGUGGACAACUUACAAACAUUUGUCAAACUUCUCAAACUGUCGCAGGCAUGCACAGAAAAUCUAAAGAAACAUAACAUUGACGAACUGUUGAAGUCUAUUCCUAGUCUUGUAGAAUACUGUACGCUUUAAGAGGGAUUAUUUACUUAGUGUUCAAGUACUGAUUAAUUUGACUCCCAUUUGAUCAGUAUUGUUUUAAAUAUUCUCUGCCUCUAUUUUGGCUUUCUAUUGGUUUGGCCGCUGAGUAUUUUAAUGGGAAACAUGGAUUCCAUCUACCUGGAUUCGAUCAUCUGGCAUCUGGCUUAACCUUGCCAAAACUAAGUUUCAGGAUGUUUAAUCCCAAAUGUUGUUUUGAGCAGCAUCCAAAUCAAAAUCGAUCGGAAACCCCUGAUGAAAUCACUUCAUUCUGCUCGUUGGCUACAACAUUUCAAAUCCGCAGUUUUAUGCCAAAGUAGUGCAAAAGGGGCUUCAAAUGAGAGCAGAUAGCAUUUCUAGUGAUUUUUUGCAAGCAAUUUUAGUGGUUUUUAAUUUUGAAAUUAAGAUAACACAUGCAAUUACUAGUUUUAGUCAUUGGCUGUUCGAUCCUUUUGUACGUGAUUUGGAAAAAAAAAAUUCACAUUAGUGUUCCAAGUAAAUUUCAAAAUAGAAAGAGAUAAAUAAAAUACUACCGAUAACUUAAAACAAUCAUUGAAUUAAUUAAAAAUAUGUGCAAAGAAUUCAAAAACACUAGCUAAAAAAAAGAUCUACAGAUUCUAUUUUGAACAAAAGACCCUCUCUCUAAACAUAAGACUUAAAUCUUUCUUUCCUAAACAAAAAAAAACACCACUCUUUCUAAAUCGUGAUGAAUGCGAGAAUGCACUUUCUUGUAGGACGGAAGAAAAAUGCACAAACAUCUUUUCUAAAAUUAAUCAUACCGACUUAAAAUCUUAAAGAAACAUGUUGAAAACAUUAAAAACCAAAUAUAAGCAAUGUUUUUCAUAUUUACCGAUAAGGAAAUGUUGAAAAAAUCUAUUGAACAGUUCAUGCCGCUCUAAAGCAAAAAGAGAAAAUGGAUCAUACAAGAUUGUUAUUUACACGGACGCAGGAAGAUACACAAAUAAAUAAAAAUAAAAAGUUUGCUUUUACCGCAUUCAACGAAAGGAACAAAUCCUUUCAAGAUGAUAAUAAAACGAUUGAAACAUCUGCGAAUCUUAAACUGAAGGUAUUACAACAUACAUUUAUCAUGCGCAAAUUUCUAUAAGUCUUUAAAAAAAAUCAGAUUACCUUUACCAUACGCCAACGCAUUUAUAUAGAGAAAGACAGAGCGCUAACGGCACAUCGAAUAUUAGCGACAUGAUCGCAAUGGGCUACCACGGACGGUAGCUGCCUAGAAGAACCUACCUAACUACACAAUCCCGUAGAUGAUUCUGAGGCGUACACACAAAUCAGUUUAUUCGCAUCUCUCAAACAAAAUAGUCGUUAGCACGUAUUCAACCGGAUUUAUGGUAUUGAUAUAGGAAAAUUUUGCAAAAUAAAAAUGCUCUGAUUAAUA